CGCGAUCGGUUGGAUCACGAAUUUUUCCCCGGGAAAGAUCGGUUGUGAACUUUGCCGGAUUUGUUUGGGUUGGUGUCGAAGUGAAAAAAAAACCUUAAGAAACGUCUUGAAAUUACGAAGCCUGCGACAAGUGAGUGGCUUACAUUUUCUGUCAAUUGUCUGCCGGUACGAGAAAUAAUGAGAGGAUCUUCCCCGAUUAGCAGAAACCGUUCGUAACGUUUGUAUCAGUUGAAGAAGUUGAAGAAGAACUCAAGAAAGCGGGAAGAAAUGGCUUCGAAAACAACUUUAAAGAACUGUAUAGCAUUGACAAAUACUUAGUCGGUGGAAAAGUGCAAUGUUGGACCCAGUGAUCCAGAUCCAUCCCAAAUACCUACCUUCAUUCAGCAAGGGGCAGUCAACCGCGUGUCCAAUUGGUUCCGCCAGAAGUGAUGAGGUUCGUCGCUGCAACCGUCAUCAAAGUCUCUUGUUUGUGGGGCAUCGAAGUCUCCAGGAAGGGGCAGAGAAUUAGCGAACCUUCCGGUGGGUGGUUUUCCGAUUGAUUUUUUUUUCUUUGUUUCGAAUUCAAGUGUUUGAGUGAUUGUUUCAGUGACGAAAUAAGAAGUGAAGAAAAAACCAUAACCUGCCAAGUACCAAUGUUUAUUAAUUCUUACUCAACGGAAUAGUUCAACGGUUGGUUCGGUUUUCGAGCUAAAAAAAAGGAAUGGAAAAGUAGUGUGCUGUCGAGGACGUAAAAUCGCCGCUUCUACCUCUUGGAAGAGUAAAGAGUGAGUGAGUGAAACAAAAAGAAAGAAAGAGAGGAAAAGUUAAAAAAGAUAAAAACAUACAAACAUGUGAUGCAUGAAUCGGGAGCCCCGAAGAAGAAAAAAAACAUUCAGCUGGAAGUAAUUGAGGCGCGAAGGAAACCCGCAAAAAACCAAACCAAACAACUUAAAGAACGAACCCAAUUCCUGGCCCAAAGAGUGAAAGAAUCCCGUUGCUGCAAUCCGAAAUGACUCAAUGGGCAUGCAGCAGCGCAGCAAAAUGUAGGUCAUUCGAUGCUCAACAAAAGCCUUCAAUUCAAAGCCUCAAUUCAUCGAUCAGCGAAACACAUCGAAAGGAAAUAGGAAAGUGAUCCGCCGGUAUGAGUGUAGCGCGUAUCAUGUGUGAACAUCUCGCGCCGGAAAUAGCAAAACAUAAAAUCAAUCUAUUCAAAUAGGAAAAAAGAAAGAGCCCGACAAAAUAAAAAUCGAUCAAUCGAUCGCUCGAUAGAAGAACCAUCCAUUCGGGGGGAAAAAUUGGCAAACGGUAACAUCGCACUCAUCCCAAAUUCGUCGAACAACAACAAUCAAUAGUCGGGUCGAAUCGAACCCAACCACUCUCAAUUUGGGGGAAUCAGUUCAGUUUAACUCACAUCUUACGCGCUUCACCAUCAACUCAACUCCACACGGAUUUAAGGCUAACCGUAAAGUUUCAAUUUUGUAAUCAUUUCAAUUUGUUUGUUUUGUGUACACAGUGGGUUUUUUUUAUUCCUGAAGUUGGUGAAAAAACACCGAAAAAAGUCUAUCAAUUUCGUGGUGAGAAAUGUGCAAACACGUGUGAUGACCCAAUUAGUUCAACAGCCAUGGGUGGCGCCACAAGUCCAAGUGUAUAAGACAGACAGCCAGACACACACGGAUCAACAAGAAGCCGAACAGUUGGAUCAAUUAGGUGAAAUUUAAUUAAAUGAACCACCCGGCGUGUAUGUUUGGCUUGCUGGAAAAAUCAGUGCGAGUUUCCAAUUGGUUGAUGGAGUGUCGUUUUUUACUUGGACGUUUGAUUAAAAUGUUUGAGCGAAAUUAAAGAAUUUUGGUAAAAACCUACCAAAGAAGAGCUUUCUUUGGAUGACGGAUGCCGUUGAAGAAACCGAACAUGAAGAUGCAGAACCUUUUAAGAGAUGACCUGGAUAGUGGAUAAUCGAAUGUCUUAAGCCUUAAGUGUUAAAUGAAUUUGAAAAAGGGAAAAUCCAAGGUGACAAACAGAGGGGAAGAGCAACAAGCAAGCAAAAUGGUGACCCAUAGCUUAAUGGAUCAUCAUCAUUUGCUGCAGUUGCAUCCGCAUCUGCAGCAGCUUCGAAUAGGAGCUGGAUCAGCUUCCGGAUCCAGUCGGAUGAGCAGACCGGCGAGACGAGGUUCGAGCGUUUCGUCUGGGUUCCGGUUGCUGGAUGCCGAUCAGCUGGAGACGAUGUCCAGCGUCAGCCGGAACUCGAUCUGCAAACUAAGGAUUGAUGCGAUGUUCGAUGAUACUAGCGAUCCGUGCUCAGCUAACGAUGGCCUCUACUAUUCCUAUUCUAGAUCGAUCCUCAGCCAGAGGCUGGACGAUCGUAGUAGCUCGGUGAACCUGGGCAUCGGCAACAAUCGACGCCGAUCCUCAUCAACCCACGCUCCAUCCGGGGGCGGAGGCCUUGCCCCCUCAAUCUCGAAACCGAUCCAAAUCAACGAAAUAGACAUGCGAAGUGGAAGUAGCGUUAGUGGGACCAGCGGCGGCGGCCAAACGGCUAGCACCCCAAAUGGCGGUGGUCCCACUGCUCGCAACGGUCGGGAUAAUCCGGUUCAGGCGCAGAUCGAGCGCAUGUUCAAUGAUGUUGCCAAGGAACAUAGCGGAGGUGAGGGUCCUGCUCCAGGUGGACCAGCAGGAUCUGCGGCAGCCGGUGCUACAGUGGCAGCUUCCGGCCAGUCGUUUCCGGUGCGAUGUCUUGGUUCACUCCCUUUGAAGGAUAAGGUGACCAGUCUGGUUGGACUGCAAGAACCGUUGUGGCAGCUGUAUCUGAGUGGUGCUGGACAUGGGAACCAGAACGCCGGCACGCUAGACAUCAGCGCCAUCGGUUUGCGGGUGCGGACGACCAACGGGCGGGAACCGUUGGUCACCCCGUUCCAAAACAUUGCCGUCUGGUCCGCCGUAAAGUUCGUGGUAUCUUCCUCUGAGGGUGGCGCCGCCUUUUUGCCGCUAAUCACCGACCCCGAAAACAUCGACAAACAAGCGCUUUUCCGACCAUUGAGUGCCGCGGAUAAGCGUAGACUGUCGUCGGGUUUGCAUUCACCCCUGUUUGCCAUUGUUAUGCGUUCGAGUGCGAUGCCUCGGCAGCUCGACUGUCACGGGUUCGUGUGUCAAACACCGGAAGAUGCGAUCGUGAUCGCGGCCACCCUGUAUCAGAGCCUGAUGGCUCAUAUGAGCGGUGGAGAGAAUCAACGAACACGAAGGCCCAAGAAUCGUAACGGCGUCAGCUGUAUAAGUUUAGCGAGCAGCACGACCACUACAAAUAUUCACAUACAACCGGGAUCGACAAAGAUGUCCUCACGAAGGUCCAGUGCCAGUCAACGAAGUUUACUGCCACCACCACCGAGACCGCCGAGGAAGACGAAACGAACGGCCACCAGCUCGCUGAGUGGCGAAAGUGACACCAUGAUGGGUGCCAACGAAGCCGACACUUCGACCGACGAUCGAAAGAAACGAUCGCCCAAGGGCAAACGACCUCCUCCGUUGCCUGCGAAUCCUCCAAGAGCAAUAUCGAAUCGCCCCUCGCUGGACGAGAUCUACACCGAUCGGAGCCACUCGAACGACGACAACCCGAUGAUGUCGAAGGGCAAAGUGGAAGGAAACUACCCGGCUCUGUCGGAGAACUCCGGAGGAGAUAUCCUUACGCGAGUAGCAAUCCCUCGGUCGGGUAGCUUCCUGAACACGGCCGGUCUAACGCGGUACAAAUCGCGAGCCACUAGACGUCACACCGGUAAACCCGGAGGUGGAGGUGGUUCGCCGCUAGGGUUCAGCGAACUCUUCAACGAAUUCCGACUCCAGGAGAAUUUACACUCGCUCGAUGACAUCCUCAAUGCCAUAAUCAACUCGGACGGUAUGUCGUUCAACGACUUGAAGCCGAUCUACAAGGAGUUCUUGUUGAAGCUUGCCGUUACGCUGACAAAGGACGAAUUGUACCAACGAUCGAAGAGCAUCAUGCGACGGCAGAAGAAGAAAAAGUUGAAGCGGAAGAAUAGCAAUGCGCAGAACCAUCGGCGUAAACUUUUGAUCGGGAAGAGCCUGAAGAAGGUUUUUCGUUUUGGUAAGUUUCGCUCCAAAAAGCAGCACCCGCGAAAUGGAGACGGAUCAGGAGGAAAUGUACAGGGAGGAGAGAACAAUUCCAGCUUCAUCGGCGAUGAAGGGGAGGGGCGAACGAUCGGCAUGGAUGGGAAAUCGUCGACCAAGCACGCCUCCAACGAUCAGCUGUCCUUGGAUUUCAACAAAACGGCCGAUAAGAAGGAUCGGUCACGCAUUGGGACGAGUGGUUCGGAAGUUUCGGACGCCCGACACGAACACACACUGACAGCUCAUCACAAUAGAAACAGCUCGAGCGGAUACGUUUCCUGCUCGGAAUGCAGCUACGAUUCGGAUGCUUGCACGUGUACUUCGGCUGAUCGGUGCUACUGUAGUCUUGGUGGUGACGACAUCAACGCCAAGCUGAAUGAAGCCAACCACAGGAAUUCGUUGCCAAGCUGCAAAAGUGACGACAAGUGCUACUGUUCGAUGGGCGAGACUCAAGGUGAAGAAGAAGGAUCAACCACUUGGUGCGAUACAGACAGUUGUUUAAGCCAGGAGAAGUGCUACUGCAACCCACGACCUGGACCUAUGGCAGUCUGCUCCGGAAAGCCGGCACAGGGUGGCAAGAAAAAGGUUGACAAACUUGCCUUGGAUUACGAACUCUUCACAGUAGGUGGAGGUGGAAUGCCUGUAAACCCCUCGGAAGCUCUGAGCGUUAAAAAGACGGUAGAAGUCGCUGCAGAAUUCGCCGAUGUGAAACUUAGUCAAACGACGGAUAUCAAAAACCUUAAAAACGAACAAAAGAACCAGGAGUAUCUGAAAGGCAAAGGUGAUCACCAUGGACACAAUCAUCAUCACACCCACAAUAAUAACAGCAACAGCCACAAAAAACGUAGCGAUGGCAAGCACGGAGGUAAAUCUUCACACAAGCUUCUCAACAAGAAGGCAAUCGUUGAACAACCCGCUGCCAUCAACGAGUACCACUAUAUUCAAUCAUCACAAUCAGAUGUCGCCACCCGGAAACAACUCGCCGAAGGCAAGAAACCAACCAAACGAUCUUCCUCAAAAUCCUCCGAUCACUCGUCUCGCACUGCCGUCGGCUCUUCCCUGGGGCUCGAAGACUCCCUCGGUUAUCUACCGUAGUAGUAGUAACUCAACAACCCAUUUUAAACACUAAGACACGCUUGUAUUCGCGCUAAUGCAGUUAGCAAAUUUAACGCUUUCCCCUUUUUUUCCUGAAAGUAAACGCAUUGCUGGCAACACUGGCUCCACUUAUGGAGCAUCAGUAGUUUUGUCAGUUCCAAGUUUACUCUCAGUGAAGAACUCGCUUGCAGCUCUAGGUUAGGAACACGUACACUGAAAAUAUAAAGCUAUCAACACUGA